CUUCUUUGGAAUGGUCUAGUCUGUCCAGUUGUCGACGGUAGAGGCGGUGAGGCGGUCCUGAGCAGAAAUCUUAAAAAAAGAAAAGUUUUAGUCAGUUUUGUGGUGUUAUUCCUGAAUCCACUUGGAAUAUUAAAUUCUGUGUAAAACUAUGGCUUCUUCCGAUGUUGCUCGGCAGCCGCAUAAGGGGGUCCGGCCACUGUCCCUGGCGGGCCAUGUGGGCUUUGAUAGCCUCCCAGAUCAGCUUGUCAACAAGUCCAUCUGCCAGGGCUUCUGCUUCAAUAUUCUCUGCAUCGGUGAGACCGGUAUUGGCAAGUCUACCCUGAUGGACACUCUGUUCAACACCAACUUUGAGAACUUCGAGUCAUCCCACUUUGAGCCUCAGGUGAAGCUGCGGGCCCAAACUUAUGACCUGCAGGAAAGCAACGUCAGACUACGCCUUACCGUGGUGAACACGGUGGGCUUUGGAGACCAAAUGAACAAACAGGAGAGCUAUCAGCCGGUGGUGGACUACAUCGACAGGCAAUUUGAGAGUUAUCUGCAGGAAGAGCUCAAAAUCAAGCGCUCCCUUCACAACUACCAUGAUUCACGAGUCCACGCCUGCCUGUACUUCAUCUCGCCCUCAGGUCACUCCCUCAAAUCCCUGGACCUGGUCACCAUGAAGAAACUAGACAGCAAGGUGAACAUCAUCCCAGUGAUCGCCAAAGCCGACACCAUCAGUAAGAGCGAGCUGCACAAGUUCAAGAUCAAAAUCAUGAGCGAGCUGGUCAGCAACGGCGUCCAGAUCUACCAGUUCCCCCUGGAUGAUGAGACAGUAGCCAAAGUCAACACUACAAUGAACGGUCAUCUGCCGUUCGCUGUGGUCGGCAGCACGGAGGAAGUCUCCGUCGGCAAUAAGAUGGUGAAGGCUCGUCAGUAUCCCUGGGGCGUAGUACAAGUGGAGAACGAGAACCACUGUGACUUCGUGAAGCUGAGAGAGAUGCUGAUCUGUGUAAACAUGGAGGACCUGAGAGAGCAGACGCACACUCGUCACUACGAGCUGUACAGACGCUGCAAACUGGAGGAAAUGGGAUUCAAAGACACAGACCCAGAGUGCAAACCUGUCAGUUUGCAGCAGACUUACGAAGCCAAACGUCAGGAAUUCCUGGUGGAGCUGCAGAAGAGAGAGGAUGAGAUGAGGCAGAUGUUUGUGCAGAGGGUGAAGGAGAAGGAGUCUGAGCUGAAGGAGGCUGAGAGAGAGCUGCAGAGCCGUUUCGAGCAGCUGAAGCGCCUCCACGCGGAGGAGAAGUCGGCUCUGGAGGAGAAGAAGAGACUCCUGGACGACGACCAGAGUUCCUUCAGCAAGAGACGCGCCGCCGCUCAGCUCCUGCAGGCCCAGAGCCUCACCGCCAACGGCAAGAAGGACAAGGACCGCAAGAAUUCUGGCUUCAUGUGAAGACUUUUGGAUCCGAACCAAACUCAAGUGUGACCAGUGACAUUCAGACCUGUCACAUCCUUUCCAGCUCUUUGUGGCCAGUCUCAGACACUAACCAGGAAGGACCCCCCACACACACACACAUACACACACACACCAGCAGUGCGUACGAGUUUGUUUUUUGUGCCAAAGUUAAGACGACUGUUCCCAAGACUCCUGCGCACAAUUUCCUCUGUGUUAUUUUUAAUCCUCUUUUGUGCGGUUUAUACCUCUUUUGUGUAAUAUUUUAUAUUUAUCCUUUCAUUUUUAUAUAAAACUUUAAUUUUCCAUAUACCUCCUUUUUUUUUUUUUUUUUUUUUUAAACUUUUGCCCAGACUGAGGGACUCCUCAGAGAAUUGACUUAAACACAGCCUCCUCCCUAGAUCCUGCACACAGAUCAAAGGAUCUGGAUUAGCUACUAACAAUACAGAAAGUCUCAGUCUUUAGUGAAUAAUGAGAUCACACUUUUUAAUGCACCGUUCAAGUCUAACGUGCUUAUAAUUUAUUAUAAAACCACCUUCAGAUGUAAAUUCGGUACAAAUUUUACAUGUUGGUCUCACGUCUGAAUAAACACCCGAGUCACUUUUUCAUGAAAGUCACAAUAGGGUUCUGACUCGUCUCACCUACUAAACCUGAAGUUUGGCCUUCUAAGAGCACUGUAAUAAAUAAUUCAUGUAGUUAUCAUAUCUAAUUUACUAAGAAAAUAAUUAAUAAUUAAAUUCCUUGUGGUGUGAGACAAAAAUGGAACAAAAACUUUAGGAAAUUCCCAAUAAUCAUCAGACUUUUAUUCAUAUCAACAGCUUACAGUAUGAAUAUCCAGCGAAAUGAUCACAACCUACCUGCUUGUUAUUUUUAUCUUGAGCUCCGUCGGAUUUUAUAAAACAGGCAGCAGAAUUAUAUCAAGUUUCUAAUAAAUAAUGACACUGAUCAUGAUAUUUAUCAGGGGACCUACAAGAGUUGCUUAGACCAGUUAUCCCUCACGCUCACAGUGGCUGUUAAUAAAGCCACGGAGAGAAACAAUCAUUCCAAAGAUCAUGCAAAAAAAAUAGUUUUAGGAUCACUCGAUAUCAUAAUUCACCUUCUCACAGCUGUUGUCAGGCAGUGCUGCUGCUGCUGCUGCUGCUAUGAGGAAGACGGGAAGCUUUGUGCUCUCUGUCAUCAACCUCUCGUCGUAUCUGCAAUCGUCCUGCCAUGUUUGAAAAGAGAACAGAAGAGAGACAUGUUUGAAUGCCAGAAAGCCAUUACUCACUAAAAUAUUACAUGAUCCAUGUCUGAACAGGGCUUUAGUGAUCAUUUCUGAAUCUAGUGUGUUUAUCAUCAAUAGUAAGCGUAGUCACUGAACACUAUAAUUAAUGUUCCCUUUACUGUAUUAUCAUUAUAGAGGUCAGACAGUGUUAUUAUGUCUGAUUAUAUCUGCUAUAAACUUUUUAACAUGGACAAACCAGCCACACUAAUUGUCCUCUAGUUGUUCCAAAGAGAAAGUCAUUUCCAAACUUUUUCAGUCCAAACACAGUUUUACAGUUUUUCUUGGAGGUUGAGGUUUUGUUUUGGAUUAGGUACAUGUUACAGUACACAGUACAGUAUCUUGUGUGAAUUAUCAUCUUGUGUGCGUGUGCGUGCGUGUGUGUGUGUAUAUAUAUAUUGUGUUUUACCCGCUCCCUUAUUUUUUUUCCUACCGACACAACAAACUUUUAAAGUUUGCAAUACGGUCUGUCUGAAAAGGACUGACUCAUGGAAAAAUAAUACAUCAUGGAUUCAGUGUUUUUGUUGAGGAAGAUGAAGGAGGAAGAGAGGGAAGACGCUUCUCUCUGGAGUCAAGACAAGACAGGGAUUCACACCUCGUGUCAUCUAACAGUACAGAGUAAACCAGGACACUGUGACACUGGUUUCCGCUAAAAGUGUGAUAUUUAAACCGACAUUUACUCACAAACACUGCCACUUUACAUUUACACUAGUGCUUAAGACGUGUUAGUGCCUUAUCUGUGUGCUUACUGUAGAAAUACACUAUCCACUUAACUUGUACAUCCAGGGAAACCCACCGAUGCCUGAUGGAGUGAAGCUUUUCUAAGACACAUUUGUACUACACUUGUAUUUAUGGAAUAAACAGUGUUACUUGGGAGCCUUUAUCCUUCUUUCUAAAUAAAUCUUUGUAUUUUUGUCAUGA